AAAGAUUCCCCAAAGCAUUUCUGCUCAACAUUGAAAUCUCGUAUCGAGGAUUUCACAACAUUUUUGGUGGCCCAUGAGGGGAACCGCAAACCAAAACCAACGGUUUAUCCAACAGCCGCUAUCUCUCGCACGAAGCAGGGACAAAGAAGACCAGACGAUAGCUCUGCGCCUGGACAGUAGCCUCACUGCAGCACACAAAACACACCUCAAGCCGACGGUUAGACAGCAGCCUCUCUCUCGUGCAAAGCAGAAACCAAGAGACCAACGAGCGUUCUGUUGCUGCACAUCAUCUCUAGACACAAGGCCUCAACUCAACGCUCACAGUAGCACAGUUUCUGCUCUCCGCUCGGACAACCCCAACAACAACGACUCGCAAGUUCUCUUAAGCUACGCUUUAAGCAAAGAGAAGCACUCCCGAGUACCAGAAGCAUUCACAUGUGACAUCCGUUGGUUUCUAAUACUGGUCCCAGUAUUGGGGGCGGCAUGGACGGUUUUCUAAGGGUUAAACUACAAAGAGAGUGAGAGCGCUCUAACUGCAAUUGCCCACUCGGAGAACGGCAUCGUUUCAUGCUAGGGCGGCGUAACCUCGUCUCCGAUCACCAAGAAGAGUCUACGUUUGCGUGUCGACGAAAUCACAACGACAAUUAGCAGUUGCAGCCGGCCGUGCUUAAACCCGUAUUACCCAUUACAUUGUACUCUAUACGCGAAUUACGAUUAAAGUUUAAGUUGAUUGAAGUCCAAAUGAAUAAAUCUCGAAUUGUCUA